AUGAGGAGGAGUUGGAGAGUAGAGGAUGGCGUGGUUAGAUUAUGGGGUAACGAUGAGAGGGAAUUUGGUGUGGGACACAUAGCAUGUCAUCAAAGAUUGGAUGGGCACCAGACGUUCUUGCUCACCGGCCCUACCACUCAUGCCAUCAUUUACAAGCUGCCACUCCUCCACUUCUGCAAGCAAGCAGGUGCUACUCUGGUGGAGGCCUCCCUGGAUGACCAUGAAUCUCUGGUCUCCCUCCUCUCUGGGAUCGACUUGGUCAUCUCCACCAUCGCCAAAGAACAAAUUGAACAGCAACUCAAGCUCGUCCGGGCCAUGAAGCAAGUUGGAACCAUCAAGAGAUUUCUUCCUUCAGAAUACGGAGUGGACCCAGAUUUCAUGGAGCACUCCAUCGCGCCUGGUUCAGUGUUGUUUGAGCAGAAAAGAAGCGUUAGGCGAGCUGUUGAGGAGAGUGGGAUCCCGCACACUUACGUGGUUCCUCACUGCCUUGCCGGUUACUUCCUGUCUGGCCUGGAUAAUUAUGUGUGGUUCUGGCCGUCGGAGGCCAAAGUGUGGAUCUAUGGUGACGGAAAUCACAAAGGCUUUACUCUUUACGCCAGUGGUAAUGGAGGUAGAAAUUCAACUUGGGAAAGAGACAUUUUCAGGCCAUGGAUGAUGUGCAACCGCACCAUCUAUGUACGACCUCCAUCAAACAUCAAGUCUCAGAUGGAGGUUGUCAACUUGUGGGAAGGUUUUAGCGGGAAGACCCUGCAGAAGGAACAUAUCACCGAGCAGGAAUGGCUUCAAAAGAUACAAGUGGUUUGGAUGGUGGAGGAAGACAUCGGGAAGUACGUGGUGAAGGCCAUGGAUGAUGUGCACACCCAUAACCACACCAUCUAUGUACAACCAGCAUCAAACAUCAAAUCUCAGAUGGAGGUUGUCCACUUGUGGGAAGCUCUUAGCGGGAAGGCCCUGUAG